CUUUCUGGAAGGAGUACACAAGACACUUACUUCUUAAUGUCACUAAUCAGAAGACCAACGGGGCAUUUCUAAAAUGUGACUGUACUUUAUAUAUAUCAUUUUAUUCAACGGGAACAAGGCUGCAUGAUGAAAAGUGAAAAAGCACUAUUUUUAAUUUCACUUACUAUUAUGGAGCUAUGUGCCCCCGUAACUCUAGUAGAUGAUAAAAUACAUUAUCUCCUUAAACCACCCAACGUUACAAUUGCUGGUGUUAGCUCACACUCAGUUAAGCUUGAAUUGUCUACAGAGGAGCCUAAGCAUUGUUAUGUUUUGCAUUAUAAAUACCUGGAUGAAGAAAAACCAUUCAAAGAGAGAGAACUGGAAGAUAAUCAUGCAACCAUCAAACUUGGCCUGCAUUCUGGAUUUGUGGCGAGAGUAUAUUCUAUACUUUGUGAUGAGAAUCACACCAAAGAAAACAACUGGACAGAAAUUACUUAUAAUGCGCCUCCAGUGUAUAUCCACAAUGUGUCAUGCAAAAUAUACAAUAUAACCAGUCUAAACUGUACAUGGGACAUAAAGCAAAAUGCUCCAAAUGAUACUCAGUACCUCUUUUCUUUAAGAACAGGAUCUGAUCUUUUGGAUUGUAAGCAUUAUUUAAAAAAUCAAGAAAAUAAAAAUAUUGGGUGUCAUAUGAAACAUGUGUGUACAUGGAAGAAAAAUAAACAUAGAAUCAAGGUCCAGCUUUCAAAUUAUGAAAGACAGUUAGUGAGAGCCUUCACUGUCUCCAACAUAGAAAUACUGAAUUCUCCAAACAAUAUUUGUCUGUCGUCUCAAAAUGGGAUUACAAAAAUGCAAUGGAAGCAACCUCUAAGUGUAGAAGGUGAAUUAAAUAGCUAUUGCUUUGAAUAUCAAAUACAGCUUUUGGAAGUGAAGAAAGAUCGGUUAUUUCGGGUUAUCAAUACCACGAACACAGAAUAUAUAUUUUCUGAUUUGGAUAAAGGGAGGAAAUAUGCAGCACAAAUUAGAGGAAGAAGAAAUACAUACUGUGGAAGGAGCAAAUUUUGGGGUGAAUGGAGUGAGAUGAUAUACAUUGGGAAAGAUAACGAAGGCAUUCAGACUUGGCUUCUACUUGUCAUUAUUAUUUUCUCAACAACUUGCUUUGGAAUAUCUGUAAUAUACUUACUGAAAAGAUAUAACAGAAAAAUCUUUGAUUUGGAUGUCCCAGUUCCUUCACGUAAACUUAAGCACUGGAUGUUGUCAAAGGAAAUAGAUUUCCAGAACUGUGUUGCUGACAUUUUCAUUGAAUCUGUACCUAUUUCCGAAAUAGAAAUCGUCACAACUGAAACAAAUGCUCAUAGACAAACAAUAAUUUAGGACAAACAUAAUCUUUGUUGGAUCUUCAUGAUUGUAAAAGUGGCAAUAUAUAAUAAACAAAACUAUUUAUCAGUCGGCAAUUUUUUACUGAUGAAUAAACUUGG